AUGGAUUCAGACGGGACAAUGGAAGACGGACAGAUCAGCAUGAAGUUCAAAUCGACAGUUGAAGAUAAUGAUAAAACUCCAAAGCAACAUGAGUCUGAGGUUAUUCCAGGAAGCAAGCAGGGAGGUGUCGUGAACGUCAUUGUGUCAGGUUUAGCCCUGUUCAGUGAUGGGUACAACGCACAGAUUAUUGGCUACAUGGAGCCAUUGUUCUCCGUUUUAUACAAGGACGGCAUGUCCAGCAUGAUCAAGACUCGGCUCUCCAAUUCCUAUCUUAUCGGAGAGAUCUUCGGAAUGCUCUUCUUCGGUGUCCUCACCGACCGAGUAGGUCGAACGACUGGUAUAGUCGCAGCCACUGUCCUUCUUGUCCUCGGAAUUGUCUUGGCUGCAGCCGCUCAUGGGACAUCGGAAUUGGGAAUGUUUUGGAUGAUGAUUGUCGCCCGCGGCAUCGCCGGUGUUGGCGCCGGCGGUGAGUAUCCUGUCUGCGGCGCGAGCGCGACUGAAGCAGCAGACGAGACCGCUGAUUUGAGGCGAAAGAGGGGCUUCUUGGUCGCGAUAACCACUGACUUCGCUAUUGACCUGGGUUUUGUGGCUGCAGGAAUUGUAUCUCUCAUUGUUCUUGCUUGCUUCCAACAAGAGGUCAAAGGCGGCGUAUGGCGGGUUUCCUUCAUCAUCGGUGUUGUGCUUCCCAUUCUCAUUUUCUUCCUCCGAAUCCGCAUGGCCAAUUCGACACAAUACCGGAAGCACGCCAUCAAAUCGAAGUAUCCAUAUAUGCUUGUCUUGAAGAGGUACUGGAAACCUAUGCUGGGCACUUCUCUUGCAUGGUUCUGUUAUGACUUCAUUUCAUACCCUUUUGGCAUCUUUUCAUCCACAAUCAUCUCUCAACUCGGGCCUGAUAACACCACAGUUCAGAACAUUGGUUUCGGAACGGUAGUCAAUUGCUUUUACCUCCCAGGUUGCAUAGUGGGUGGGCUGCUGAUGGAUCGGAUCGGACGUAAGCAAAACAUGACCCUUGGAUUCAUGCUCUGCGCUAUUUGGGGAUUCAUCUUGGGAGGAGCACUCCGCCCUAUCCAGUCUGUGUUCCCCUUAUUCGUUGUGAUGUAUGGCAUUUUCAACGCCUUUCAAGAGAUGGGCCCUGGCGUAUCGACCUUCCUCUGCGCCUCGGAGUCUUUCCCAACCCCGCUUCGAGGUCACUUCAUGGGAUUGGCAGCAGCUGUGGGCAAAGCUGGCGCUGCCAUUGGGACAGAAGUAUUCACUCCGAUCCAGAACUCUUUCGAUUCCACCUUCAAAGGUCAGCAGGCGGUGUUUUUGAUUGGUUCUGGGUUCGCUGUGCUUGGAGGUCUUUGUUCGUGGUUCCUAAUCCCGGACAUGUCCCGUGAGCUGGAGACCGAAGAUGCUCGGUUCAAGGCUUAUCUGGAAGAAAAUGGGUACGAUAUCAGCCACUACGGGGAGGCGUUAUUGGUGGAGCGAAGAAAUUGA